AUGGAUUCUAUCAUUUUGGCAAUUAAAUCCCUCACAUUGUCAACGAAAUCCGAAACCCAGAAUCGAUUUCAAGUCCAGCAUGAUGAUUUUGGUGAAGAUAUAAUCAGUCAAUUACCUGAUGAACUUCUCCUUCAUAUUCUAUCUUUUCUACCGACAAAGGAUAUUGUAAGCACUUCUGCAUUAUCAACAAGAUGGCGAUACUUGUGGACUUUCUUUAACAUUGUUAGUUUUGAUUUCGAUGCAUACAAAGAGAAGAAAGAGUGUUCUAGUUUCUUGGAUAGUGUUAAGAGAGAGCUACUCAUGAUUCCUGACACUGCACGCAUACAAAAAUUUCGUCUGCAUUCAACUUUCGCCGUCUCUUCUUCCCAAAUCUUGGCGUCGAUGUCAAUAGUAUCCAAAAUAGUGAAGCAUAAAGUUGAAGAGUUAGACCUUUCUAUUCCAUGUAUGGAAUCCAAUCUGUUUUCCUUGCCUCAUAGCCUUUGUACUUCCGAGUCAUUGACUUCUUUGACGUUGCAUAUGACUGAAGCUGCCUUGAAUAGUUUUCCAACUUCCAUAUGCUUCCCAAGACUUAAGUCCUUAAAUCUUGAUUGCAUUGAAUUCCAGGAUGAGCACUCUGCUCAGCUCCUUCUUUCUAGCUGCCCAGUCCUUGAAGAGUUGUAUCUAGAUAACUGUGAUUGGAUCAAAAGAACAGAAAUUAAAAUUUCGAUUCCCACUUUGCUGACAUUAUCUAUUUCCUUGGAAUACAAUGGUCCUCCUGAUAUUUCAAUAAGGAUUUUUACUCCAAAUCUUUUAAACUUUUUCUACACAAGUUUUUCCCAAGUUGAACUUGUGACUUGUGACCUAUCUUCAGUAAUUCGUGCAGAGGUUGAUGUUUUUGGCUGGUUGACAUAUGACCAACGAGUUCAGGUUGCUCAUCGCACCCUUAAAUUAUUAGAAGGAAUUCGUGGUGUCAAAUAUCUUGAACUAUCAAACAGAACACUUCAGGCCAUCUCAUUUGCAGAAAACUUUCAAGCUGUUCAUCUUCCUACAUUUUACAACUUGACCCAUUUGAAUGUAAGCUUUGUCCUUUCUACUCGUGGUGGAGCUGCAUUGAAGCAUGUUCUUCGAAAGUCACCAAAUCUAUAUUCUCUACACUUUUUCCAAGGAUUUGAUCUUGAUAUUUUGGGAGAGGAAAAUCAUUUGCUGGACAAUCUUAUACCGAUCUCUUUCAAAAAUCUUAAAAAUGUGAAAGAGGUUCCAUUCUUAAAUAUAUACUCAGGGAUGUUAAAGCUUUGGAGUGGUUUUCAGUCCAUGGCACAGAUCAUUUAUCAGAGGAAUUGGAAAAGAAAGAGUAAAAUGUGA